AUGGACAGCUUCGCGAGAAUAAAUUUGAACUGGACGCAACAACGUUGCAAAGAUGGUCUAGUUGUGACCGCUGCACCGGUAUCCCUAUCAAAUGCUGUGCUGUAUUUAUUUGCCCUGCUCUACUGCUUCCUGGGAAUUGCCAUUGUUUCUGAUGUUUUCAUGCGCUCAAUCGAAAAAAUUGUUACAGCAACCAGGAAAGUAAAUUUAAAAAAGCUUAAGAGGAAUCGUCUGGAAGCAGAGGAGAUGGCUGGUCCAAAUGAAGGCGUGGAAGUGCGCGUUUGGAAUCCAACUGUCGCUAAUUUAACACUGAUGGCAUUGGGAAGCAGUGCUCCGGAAAUUUUACUUUCAACAAUCGAAAUUAUUGCUAAUAAUUUUCGCGCCGGUGACCUUGGACCAGGCACAAUUGUUGACAAGAACACUGGCGUGCUAAUGUGUUAUCCUUCCAUUCCAAAAUUACCAAUUUGUUGCCUUUAUUUCGUUACAGCGAAUUUUCGAAAAUUUCAUAUUCUGUUAGUAAUUUCACCAAAUGUCGUGGAAUUGUGGGAAGCACUAAUAACAUUUUGUUUCUUUGUUAUCUUCGUAGUGGUCGCAUAUCUCGUGGACAUCAAAAUUUGGAGACGAAAAAAGGAGCGUCUGGAAGACGAAUUGCAAAUUGACGGCUAUGGCGACGCUACCAGUCGUGCUUUGAUCGAAAAGGAAGCUGAUAUUGAUGCAUGUCUGAAAAGACUUGCUGACGUAAUGGCACCGGAAGCUGAUUCGGUUGUCCGUCGUGGGCCAACUGAAAAACCACUCACUUUCUGCUACGCAACAAAAAACGGUGUUGCCAAAAGAGAUCUUCAUUUUUUGCCGAAAUCCGAGACUGUGCAGUUCCGGUCGGGUGAGUCUGUCAAGGAAAUUCACGUGGAUCUGGUCGAACAUGCAAAAUGGCGGCCCAAUCACGUAUUCUACGUCCACCUCAGGCUGGUCACGUUAGGCCGAACAAGCGUGGCAAGCGUACGUGUCCCCGAUGACUCAGCGAGUUUCGCCGGUGAACCGAUGGUGCAAUUCGUCAAAAAUAAUUAUGAAAGCGAGAAAUACGUGCGUGCAUUUGUUACUCGAUUGGGACGUCACGAUGAGUGCACAUUCAGCGUCCGCUACGAAACCGAAGCAGUGACUGCGAUAGGUGAUAAAGAUUUCAAAACGAUCAAUGACGGCGAACUGGUGUUCGUUGGAAGCGAAUAUGAGAAAUACAUUGAUGUGAGAAUAUACGACGAUAUGGAGGAUGAGAAAGAUGAAACCUUCAAAAUCAAUCUCUUUUCCUCAACAGGAACAGUAACAAUUGGGCCUCACAAGCGUACUACUGUAACAAUUAUUUCUGAUGAUAAUGCCCUGAAGAAUAUAACGAAUAUUCGCAAACUGACAUCGCAUUAUUUAAGGCAGAUGAGCUACGGAGCCGACACAUGGCUUGGACAGCUUAUCGAAGCGACAAGUGUAAAUGCAGGCGAUAUUGAGAAUGCAACAUUUAUGGAUUGCAUGAUGCAUAUUUUUUCAUUCCCUUGGAAAAUUCUGGGAGCUCUGGUGCCACCAGUAAGCAUUCUUGGUGGAUGGCUUUCCUUUUUCUGCGCUUUGCUUUUGAUCGGUUUCAUCACUGCAGUUGUUGGUGAUUUGGCAAGUAUAUUUGGUUGCAUGGUUGGUUUAAAAGAUGCGAUUACAGCGAUAACCCUGGUUGCUUUGGGUACCAGUCUGCCUGAUACAUUUGCUUCGAAAAUUGCAGCUGAAAGUGACACCACGGCGGACAAUGCAGUUGGUAAUGUUACUGGAUCGAACGCAGUCAACGUGUUUCUUGGGCUUGGCUUGCCAUGGACAAUUGCAGCUAUUUACUGGGCAACAAAAGAUCAAGUUUUCGUUGUAAAUUCCGGGAAUUUAGGCUUCAGGUUUGUGGUCUGCAGUCAGAGCGAACUUGGCGGCCCAGUUGGACCCAAAAUGCUUAGCUUUCUAAUUCUUGUUCUCCUAUGGUUAGCUUACGUAUCUUUGUCGGUUUUACAAGUUUAUGGUUACGUUCAUGUUUGA